AUGGGCGAGUGCGCGGGGCGGGAGAAGCUGAGCUCUGAAAGGGGAAGCGGGAAGAUGGGGAGGCGGGGGGAUGGGGAGGCGUGGCGAUGGGGAGGCGUGGCGAUGGGGAGGCGGGGCGAUGGACUCGUUGCUUCUGGCGAUGAGCAGCAGCAGCAGCUGCAGCAGCAGCAGCUGCAGCAGCAGCAGCAUGAGGAAGGGAACGCGACGAGCUGUCAAGCAGGACCAGGCAUCCCCAUUGACCCCUCUCGCAUCACUCGCCUGUCAUGGCAGCCCAGCCGAGGUGAGCUUUCUCAUCCCUCCUUUCCCUCAUCUUUUCUCACGUCUCUGCUGUCCCUGCUCUCCGUCGCACACUCCUCGCCUUCCCCCCCUGCUUCCCCCAUUCCCCCCCUGCCUUCAUUCGAUUACGCACGCGACAAGGUGGCACGGUGGACAGUGGCGGAAAAUGAGUUGAAGAAUGGCGUGCUGAGUGAGAUGAAAUCCGCACAAGCUCCUCCUUCCUCCCACAUUCUCUCCCCACAUCCCCCUCAACUCUCCCAGGCACGCGACAAGGUGGCACGGUCGCGCAAGACAAGGGAAACACGGUGGUUGGUGGCAGCUAGUGAGUCGAGCAAGAGCGUGCUGAGUGAGAGAUCAGACCUGCACGAGCUCCCGCCAUUCUCUCCCCACACCCCCUACAUCCCCACACCCCCCGCAUCCCCACACCCCCUACAUCCCCACACCCCCUACAUCCCCACACCCCCCGCAUCCCCACACCCCCCACAUACUCUCCCCGCAUCCCCCGCAUCCCCACAACCCCCGCAUCCCCACACCCUCCAUACCCCCCGCACGCCCUCUCAGGCACGUGACAAGGCGCGUGACAAGGUGACACGGUCGUCGGUGGCAGACAACGAGUGGGGCAAGAGUGUGUUGAGUGAGAUCUCCUCCCUCCCCUCACACACCCUCCCCCUCUCCCAGGCCCGUGACAAGGACGAUGUGGUCAAGCGCAUAGAGGAGCGCAUCGCCGCUUGGACCUUCCUCCCCAAAGGCACGUUCCUGAACAAGUUUAUAUAUCUCUCCCUCUCGUCCUCUCUCUCCCUUUGCACAUCAGAGCACGGUGAAGCCAUUCAAAUCCUCAAGUACGAGAUAGGGCAGAAGUACGACGCACACUUUGACUAUUUCUUCGAUGCAGUCAACACACAGAUGGGCGGGCACCGGGUGGCAACAGUUCUCAUGUAUUUGACCACGGUGGAGGAAGGAGGAGAGACGGUGUUUCCCAGUUCACAGGUGUGUUGCUGGAAAGAAAGGGGGUUAGGCGUGUCAGCGCACAGAUGGGCGGGCACCGGUCAAGCCCCAGAAGGGAGAUGCGCUGCUCUUCUAUUCGCUGCAUUCGGACGGCACCACGGACCAGUCAUCAUUGCACGCCAGCUGUCCCAAUUGCCUCUGCACGCUCCCCUCCCCCUCCCACCCUCCCCCACCGUUCUCCCCAUUCCCCUGCCCCGGCUCUCCCACCCGCCUCCAGUCAAGCCUCAGAAGGGCGACGCACUGCUCUUCUAUUCGCUGCACCCGGAUGGCACCACGGACCAGUCAUCAUUGCAUGCCAGCUGUCCGGUCAUCCGAGGAGAGAAGUGGUCGGCAACCAAGUGGAUCCACCCGUCCGUCAGGAUGAUCGACGGCGCAGCGCUGCUCCCCGCGCAGGUGCUGCGCAACCUCUCCGACAAACUCUACGACAAGCGCAAGGCGGCCGCGCUCGAGAUCGAGACGGCAGUGAAAGCGGCUGUAGCAGAGGGCAACGAUGAGCGGAUCAACGCAAUCAUUUCCCUGCUGGCCAAUGAUUACGCCACGUCAGCACAGCCGAACCAGAGAAAGGGGGGUCUCAUAGGGCUGGCGGCGGUCACGGUGGGGCUGGGACCUGACGCCAGCCAGUACCUCGACGUACGGCUGGCGGCUGUCACAGUGGGGCGGUUCCCUGACACCAUCCAGUACCUCGAUGUUCGUGUGGUGGGAGGGGGGGGAGAGAGAGAGGGGCGUGGUGUGUGUGCUGUGCUGAUGCACCGCAUCGUGCCAGAGGUGCUCAAGUCGUUCUCAGACUCGGACAGCCGGGUGCGCUACUACGCCUGUGAAGCGCUCUACAACAUCGCCAAGGUGACACGUGGCGACUUCAUAGUGUUCUUCAAUGACGUGUUCAACGCCCUGUGCAAGCUGUCUGCUGACCUGGACCCCAAUGUGCAGUCCGCCGCCCACCUGCUGGACAGGCUCGUCAAGGACAUCGUCACUGUCAGUGACCAAUUCAGCAUAGAGGAGUUCAUCCCGCUCCUGCGAGCGCACAUGAGCGUGCUCAACCCCUUCGUGCAGCAGUUCCUGGUGGGCUGGAUCACCGUGCUGGACAGCGUGCCCGACAUUGACAUGCUCGGCUUCCUGCCCGACCUGCUGGAUGGGCUGUUUAACAUGCUGGGCGAUUCAGCCCACGAGAUCCGAGUGCAGGCAGACAGUGCGUUGAGGGAGUUCCUACAUGAGAUUCGCCAUGCUCCGGCGGUGGAGUAUGGGCGAAUGAUGGAGAUCCUGGUGCAGCGUGCGGGGUCCUCCGAUGAGUUCACUCGCCUCACUGCUGUCACAUGGAUCAACGACUUUGUGAAGCUGGGGGAAGCGCAGAUGAUGCCGUACUAUGCGGCUGUGGUGGGCGCCAUUCUGCCCUGCAUCGCUGACAGGGAGGAGAAGAUUGCUGCGAUAGCGCGCGACACGAACGAGGAGCAGCUGGCGAGGGUGAGGGAGCAGAGCGUGGCGGAUGGCUUCGACGUGCGGGCAGUCGUGGAGAUUGCAAGGAGGGAGUUGAGCAGCAGCUGGGAAGCCACGAGGCUGGAAGCACUUGCAUGGAUCGCCACCCUUCUGCACCGUUUCCCACACCAGCUGCUAGACCUCAUGGACGAUCCCUCCACUGCCCUUCUCGAAUCCUUGCUUGCAGCGCUGGCAGACGACUCAGAACAGGUGGUGCUAGAGGCGUUAUCAGUGCAGGCCACAGUGGCCAGCCACCCCCACCACUUCCACCGCCUGCUGCUGCUGCUCCUCCUGCGCUUCAACUCCGACCGCGCCCUUCUUGACAGGCGUGGCAGCAUCAUCAUCCGCCACCUCUGCGCCAUGCUAGACGCUGAUAAAGUACUUCGAGAGCUAGCCUUCAUUCUUCAGAACGAGUCCGACUGUCAGUUCGCCGCCACCAUCGUGCCAACGCUCUCCCUCAUCCUCCUCACUGCCCCUGAGCUCGGCCCCAUCCGCUCCAAGCUCCGCCGCUCCUUCGCCGCUGCUCCUGCUCCUGCGCCCGCUGCUGCGUACGAGCAUGCAUGGAGCAUCGUGGACGCGUUAGAGGAGAGCGACCUCUCCCUCAGCCUCAUGGUGCAGAUGGAUAAGCUAGUUCUUCUGCUUGAAACGCCCAUUUUCAGCCGAUUGAGACUGCAGUUGCUGGAUCCUUCCCGUUCUCCUGCUCUCCUGAAAGCACUCUACGGCCUGCUCAUGCUGCUGCCACAGCAUGGAGUGGCCUUCAGAGUGCUGCACACACGCCUCUCCACCGUCCCCUCGCCCUCCAUGCUCCACCCCACUCCUCCCCCCACCCCCUCCUUCCCACUCUACUCCACCUCCUCCUACCUGCCUCACCCAGCAAUCCCUCUAACCGCCUCCUUUGCACCUACCACACUCCCUCCACACCUCUCUUCCGCUCCUGCCUCUUUCUCCUCCAAGCCCUCCUCGCGCUCCUCCUCCCCUCCACCUCACUCCUCCCUCUACGGCCCACUUCCCCACUCCCACCUCCUCUCCUCUGCUUCAGCAUCAGUAUUGGGAUCUGCUUCGCAGCCCAUUUCCAUUCCAUCGCACAGCAGUAAUGCUGGAACAGCAGCAGGCAUGGGAAGCAACCAAGAGGAGCGCAUAGGAGCAGGACAAAGCCCAUCUGCUGCUUCCGCCACUCCCACUGCCACUGCUGCUGUUCCAUCCAUUCCCUCAGCGGGCCCAGCGUUUCCCCUCGCUGCUGCUGCCAUGCGCAGUGCUUCUUUCAACGCCUUCCUCUCCCCUACUGCCUCUGCUUCUGCUGCUUCCACCGCUGCUUCAGCCGCUGCUGCAGCUGCUGCUGCACAUGCCGUGCACUCUAACACCGCAGACGGAUCAGCAAUCUCGCAAACGACUUCUUCACAGGGCGCGUUCAGUGUAGCAAUGGGGGGCUUUCAGGGAGGGGGAGUGGGAGGAGGGGGCGGCGGAGGUGGUGGGGGAGUGGGAGGAGUGGGAGUAGGUGGAACACAGUUUGGUUUGCCUGGUGAGGAAGGUCCUGGGAUGGGUGGUGAUGAUGAUGGGCGGUUGGGGAGUGGGGUGGGCAGAGGGGGAGUGUCGCUGUCACAGCAUGGAGGUGGGGGGUUCUUUCAACCAUUACAGCAGGAGUAG